CGUCGCGUCAUAAUGGGCCGCUCAUGCACGGGCUCUUCACGGACGCGGAGACCGGACGAGUCACAUACGCGCUGAGUCUGUCGGACAGCUGCCUGACGGUCCAGAGGAUCACCUCUCCCGCUUCAUCAUCCCGGGACACUGAGCGUCUGGACUUGCGUGACUGCCUUGGGAGCCGCGCGCACCGCGGAGAGGACCACAGCGCGUACCUGUGCGCGUAUUUCUACCCGUACCGGCGCCGGUGGAUGGGUUGGGGUCCGGUCCGGCAGAGAGAGGAGCGGCGCUUUCGCCUCGCGCUCGACGCGAAUGAUGAUAACGAUGAUGAUGAUGAUGAUGUGCGCGACUCGAACCUGCGCGAGGCGGAGCGGUGGGCGCGCGCCUUCCAAAAUAACAGCGCGCGUUGCACCGGACACACACACGGUGUGUUGUUCUCUGAGAUACGUCAUUCAUGUGGCAUGAUGGUAUUGGUCAAUCCUCAAAGUGGGCGGGGCCAAGCAAUGGCUCUAUACAACGGGCACGUUCAACGCAUGCUAACCGAGGCAGAUAUACCUCAUACACUCGUCAUAACAGAACGUCAGAAUCACGCUCGAGAUAUUGUGAGGAGCGCCGACCUGACGCAGUGGAGCGCUGUGGUUAUUCUCUCUGGAGACGGACUGCUCUUUGAGGUGGUGAACGGUCUAAUGGACAGAGAGGAUUGGGAAAAGGCCAUUCAAACUCCAGUGGGAAUUCUGCCCGGAGGUUCAGGGAAUGCGCUGGCUGCGUCUGUACAUCACUACACACGGGCGUCUCCGGUGUGGGGUGAAGAUCUGUUGCUCAGCUGUGGGUUUUUACUCUGCAAGGGUCUGACCUCCAAACUGGACCUUAUCUCCAUCCAAUUGUCCUCUGGCCUUCAUCUGUUCUCCUUCCUUGCACUCGCCUGGGGCUUCAUAGCUGAUGUAGACAUCGAGAGUGAGCAGUUCCGACAAAUAGGAGCGUAUCGCUUUUUACUGAGCACGCUGGUCCGAAUCGCCUCGCUACGGAUCUACCAGGGCAAACUGGCGUACCUCCCUGUUGAAGGCGAGUCGGAGUCUAAGGCAGCGUCUUCUACUACCCCUGGUUCCUCAUUGCAAACACAGCAGACUCUUGAUAAUCAAACGCCUAACAACUGCACUGAGUGUAGUAAUGCUGAACAAACCUCAACGGACUCAGUUGACCAAUUAGUUGACCAUCUUCUCGUACCCCUGGACCAGCCCGUCCCUCAAGAGUGGACGGUUGUUGAAGAGCAAGACUUCGUCCUGGUAAUAGCCAUGUUCCAGUCGCACCUGGGCGAGGAUCUGCUGGUGGCUCCGGACGCUCGUGCAGACGACGGAUUGAUUCACCUGUUCUACGUGACGGCCGGUAUCUCUCGCCCGACUCUACUCAGACUGUUCCGGGCCAUGCAGAGCGGCACACACCUGGACUUUGGUUGCCCGCACCUGGUGUACCGGCGGGCGAGAGCUCUGAGACUGGAGCCGUUGUCCCGGCCGGGCGUCAUCACGGUGGACGGAGAACAGGUGGAAUAUGGGCCCAUACAAGCACAGGUGCAUAGAGGAGUGGCCAGACUCAUUGCUGGAUGACCUUUGACCUUAUAGCACAGUUUACAGCUCAACCUCAGUUGAGUAACUUAUUUUAAGUGAUUGUUUUAAAUACCUUUAAACGAAGCACUAUAGAACAGCACAAUCUGACUGGUUGGGGUUAAACUUGAAUUCAAUGUGUGUCUUUUAAAUUUUUUUAUUAUGAAUUGUACUUGGGUUAAUCUCACGAAGACAUGUCCAGGUCACAUUUCUCCACAAAAUCAACAGAGAAAAAAAUGACAAAUUAUACGGUAACAAUUUACAGUAAGGUUGUGUUUGUUAACAUGAACUAACAAUGAGCAAUACUUUUA